UACGCUUCUUUGAAUUUGGAAAUCUCUGUACUCUACACUGCACAUUUGUAUUACUGAACAAACCAUCGCUGGGAUGCAACUUCCAUAACUCCAUAUCGUUCUUUAUUUUCUUCAAUCACAAACCAUCUUACAGCAGCAAGUUGUGAUAGACAUAUAUAAAAAGAUUACACAAAAAUGAGAGAUAUAAGGAAAGUAGUGCAUGGGUUGAAGCCAGCCCUCUUGAUGUUGGCGGUGCAGAUUGUAAUUGCUACGGCGACUGUGCUCUACAAGCUUGCCUUAAACGAUGGAAUGAGCAUUAGAGUAGUUACUGCUUACCGUCUCAUUUUUGCUGCAGCAUGCACUGUUCCACUUCCUCUUAUUUUUGAAAGGGAGAACAGAUCAAAGCUGACUUGGAGGGUGGUUUUUAUGUCAUUCUUUUGUGGCCUAUUCGGGGGAACUAUAUUCCAAAACUUUUACUACGAGUCCUUGAAAUUGAUAUCAGCAACAUUUGCUUCCGCCGUUUAUAAUCUCAUUCCUGCCAUCACUUUUAUCUUGGCUGCCACCUGCGGUUUCGAAAGAUUAAAUUUGAAAACGGUAGCAGGCAAGACUAAGGUGUUAGGAACAAUAGCAGGAGUUGGCGGGACAAUGAUGCUGACCUUUCUCAAAGGUGUAGAAAUUAACAUUUGGACUUUCCACAUUAACCUUUUGCAUAAAAAUGGCCACACAGGAUCACAAAAUGGUGACUCUGGUAGUAAAUUGCUUGGUAUUUUUUUUGGUCUUGGAAGCUCCUUCUCUUAUGCAUUAUGGCUCAUCAUUCAGGCUAAGAUGAGCAAAGAGUUCCCAAGCCAUCUCUCGAGUACAGCUUUGAUGAACUUAACGGGGGCAAUACAAUCUACUGUUUUUGCCCUUUGUGUUGAGAAGGAUUGGAGCCAAUGGAGGUUGGGUUGGAAUAUUAGGCUUCUCACAGCAGCAUUUUCGGGUAUUGUGGCCUCUGGAAUAAUGGUUAUUGUCAUUGCAUGGUGUGUCAGGAUGAGAGGCCCACUGUAUGCCUCUGUUUUUAACCCUCUUGUGCUUGUGCUUGUUGCCGUUGCUGGUCCCUUAAUGUUGGAUGAGAACCUAUACAUAGGAAGUGUAAUUGGAGCGGUGCUAAUUGUGAUUGGAUUGUACAUGGUGUUGUGGGGUAAGAGCAAAGAAAUGAAAAAGGUGACUCAUUUAGAAAUAAUUCCAGGAAUUGAUCAAGAAAUUGAGGUUGUUGUCACAUCCACGACCGUAGAUAAUGAUAAAAGUAACUGCAGCAGCAGCAGCCACCAUUCCUGUAUUGAGGGCAAUAUUGAUUGCAAGGAUCAUGAUAAUUCAUCAAAAGUUGAACACGAAGUACAAGACACCAUGGAUAACUGAAGCGAAGAAAUAGUUAACAAGGACACAAAAUCAUAAUGGGUACAUGUUGGACACAAUGUCAUCUUUUCCACUUGCCCAUUGUUGCAGGGAGGCCCAUUGAAAAAGGAAAGAUUUUGCUUGUGUUCCAACAGAGAUAUGACACUCUUAAUAUUGUAAAUUAGAAAAAUGCAUGAUUCUUCACAUAAUAUCCAAAUGUGAAGUGAUCAAUUAUUUAAGUCCUCUUCAAGUUGAUGAAGUACAAACUUCGAUUGUAUGCAAGAUUAAAGUUUAA